AUGGAAGGGGGUCAUUGGGUGUUUGUCCUGGUUUUUCUUAGUCAUGUGGGUUCAUCUCAAUCUUCACAUUCUUCCAAUGCCAAGCUGCUUCUGUCCCUCAAAUCUGCCAUUGUUGAUCCAUCUGGGUUUCUGGAUGGCUGGAGAGAGGCAAAUUAUAGCCAUUACUGUUCCUGGGCUGGGGUUCAAUGUGAUUCUUUUGAUCGUAUCAUCGGCCUGGAUAUAUCAAACAUGAAUCUUUCUGGCCAAAUUGCACCCCAGAUAGGUUACUUCCAUAGUCUCAUCAAUUUCAGUGUUGCAGCGAAUAAGUUCACAGGCCCAUUCCCUUCAAAUAUCACAAAUGGCUUAGGUCUAAAAUCCUUCAACAUCUGCAGUAGUAUGUUUGUUGGGAAUUUUCCCACCAACUUUUCCAAAUUGAAGGCCCUGGAGAUUCUGGCCACCCUUAAACAGCACACACUAAGCUGA